CGCCUCCGCUCACUCCAUCCAAGCGGGCCCGGUUGUCACUCCCCGACGGGCACACGGAACCCGCAUAGUAGAAAAACCAGAGUAGGGAGCAGGAGAGGCGAGAACAAGCCACGACACGAGAAGACGACAUGUCGGCACCGAAGCGCCAGGACACCAGGAAGCUCUUUGAGAACUUGUCCGGUGCUGGGAAGUCCAUCGCGGUGCUCACCAGCGGCGGAGAUGCCCAAGGGAUGAAUGCCGCGGUCCGAGCUGUGGUCCGGAUGGGGAUUUACGUGGGAGCCAAAGUCUACUUCAUACACGAGGGCUACCAAGGCAUGGUGGACGGUGGCGAAAACAUCAAGGAGGCCUCGUGGGAAAGCGUUUCCAGCAUGUUACAAGUGGGCGGCACGGUCAUCGGCAGCGCUCGCUGCAAAGCCUUUCGCGGCCGUGAGGGUCGCCUGCAGGCGGCGCUCAACUUGGUUCAAAAGAACAUCACCAACCUCUGCGUCAUUGGAGGAGACGGCAGUCUGACUGGAGCCAAUCUUUUCCGGGAGGAGUGGAGCGGCCUCCUGGACGAGCUCCUGCGCAAGGGUGCCAUUAGCGAGGAGGCGGCGCAAAGCAACUCGGUGCUUCACAUCGUGGGCAUGGUGGGCUCCAUAGACAACGACUUCUGCGGGACCGACAUGACCAUCGGGACCGACUCGGCGCUGCACCGCAUCAUCGAGGUGGUGGACGCCAUCAUGACCACGGCUCAGAGCCACCAGAGGACGUUUGUGCUGGAGGUCAUGGGUCGCCACUGCGGAUAUUUGGCGCUCGUCAGCGCUCUGGCAUGCGGAGCCGACUGGGUCUUUUUCCCUGAAAUGCCUCCCGAAGACGGUUGGGAGGACAACAUGUGCCAGAAGCUGUCUGAGAACCGCGCUGACAAGAAGCGACUCAACAUCAUCAUCGUGGCCGAAGGCGCCAUCGAUCGCCACAACAAGCACAUCACGCCCGACUACAUCAAAGACCUGGUAGUGCGCAACCUGGGCUUCGACACCAGGGUGACCAUCCUGGGCCACGUGCAGCGAGGCGGAACCCCGUCCGCCUUCGAUAGGAUCCUGGCCAGCCGAAUGGGCGUGGAGGCGGUGCUGGCCUUGCUGGAGGCCUCGGCUGGUACGCCCGCCUGUGUGGUGUCACUGGUGGGCAACCAGGCUGUCCGAUUGCCCCUCAUGGAGUGCGUGCAAAUGACGCAGGAAGUGCAGAAGGCUAUGGAUGAGAAGAAGUUUGAAGAUGCGGUCAAACUGCGUGGACGGAGUUUUGAGAACAAUCUGACCACAUACCAAAUUCUCUGCAACCGCAAGGCCGACUCGGAGCUUCCACACAGCUCCUUCAACGUGGCGGUGUUGAACGUCGGGGCGCCCGCCGCCGGGAUGAACGCCGCCGUGCGCUCCGCCGUCCGGGUGGGAAUCACUGAAGGCCACAAAAUGUUUGCAGUGAGCGACGGAUUCGAGGGAUUCUAUAAGGGUCAGAUCAAGGAGAUCAAGUGGGGCGACGUCGGAGGCUGGACGGGUCAAGGCGGCUCACUACUUGGCACAAAAAGAACGCUUCCCGGUAAACAUUUGGACAAGAUCGCCGAGCAGAUGAGGAUCCACAACAUCAACGCGCUGCUCGUCAUAGGCGGAUUUGAGGCCUACAUGGGAUUACUGGAACUUUCGUCAGCCCGGGACAAAUACGCGGAACUGUGCGUGCCCAUGGUGAUGGUCCCCGCCACGGUGUCCAACAAUAUACCGGGCUCGGACCUCAGCAUCGGUUCCGACACGGCGCUCAACGCCAUCACGGACGCCUUUGAGUCUGUCCUGCAGCUUUUUGAGGCUCGAGCCCGCUUUGAAGAAUUUUGCGUGCCGCUGUGCAUGCUGCCUGCCACCAUUAGCAACAACGUGCCCGGCACCGACCUCAGCAUCGGGGCCGACACUUCCAUCAACGCCCUGGUGGAGACUUGCGACCGCAUCAAGCAGUCGGCGAGCGGCACCAAGCGGAGGGUUUUUAUCAUCGAGACCAUGGGGGGCUACUGCGGAUACCUGGCCACUGUGGGCGGGCUGGCGGCGGGGGCGGACACCGUCUACAUCUACGAGGAACCCUUCGACAUCCGAGACCUGCAGGGUAAUGUGGAACAUCUGACGGAAAAGAUGAAGACCACCAUCCAGAGAGGUCUGGUGCUCAGGAACGAGAACUGCAAUGUGAACUUCACGACUGAUUUCAUCUACCAGCUUUACACGGAAGAGGGUCGAGGGGUGUUUGACUGUAGGAAGAACAUCCUUGGACACAUGCAGCAGGGUGGCGCUCCAUCUCCCUUCGACAGAAACUUUGGCACUAAGGUGGCGGCUAAAGCCGUACAGUGGAUCACAAAGACGUUGCAGGAGUCUUACAAAGGAGGCCGAGUGUUCGCCAACUCUGAGGACAGCGCCUGUCUGCUCGGCAUGAGACGCCGAGCCAUGGUCUUCCAACCUGUGGCGCAGCUGAAACAAGAGACCGACUUCGAGCACCGAAUCCCUAAGGAGCAAUGGUGGUUAAAGCUACGCCCCCUGAUGAAAAUCCUGGCCAAGUACAAGACCAGCUAUGACGUUUCCGACUCUGGCCAGCUGGAGCACGUCGGCCGCUUCCGUGCAAAGGAGGGAGAUGCCACGGCCGCCAUCUGAUGAAGCUGCUAAGCGUGUUUGGCACUACUAACUUAAAAAAAAAAAAGUCACAAACUGUUACUCUAACUUAUUACAGAUUCUAAUAUAAAAAUUUAAAACUCACUACUAAUGAUCUCCGGUAUGGAGCACCACAAAUGUAGCUUUAUCUUGUUGUUUAGUUGUCGCUAAAAUGUCACAAUUGUGUGUCAAUGCCUGUACGUGUGUAUGUUAUGUGUGUGUUUGUGUACACAAUAUUAAAGCUUUGAUUGUCUUA